AUGCCUCACAUUCAAAAAUCAAGCCACCAUGGUUGCACAAACCGUCAUCAACAUGCCCCUCAAACUCAAACUCAAACUCAAACUCACUACUCUUGUUUUGCUCAGUCUUUCAUUUAUAUGCUCCACUCAUGCUACUCGGAAUGAUAUCUGUUGUUUGAAAGAGAUUAAAGCUUCCCUUGAAGACCCUUUUGGAUACUUAAACUCGACGUGGAACUUUAACAGCCAAACAGCAGGUUUCAUCUGUAAAUUCACAGGGGUUGAGUGCUGGCAUCCUGAUGAGUCCAAGGUCCUAAACAUUCGUCUCUCUGGCAUGGGACUCAAGGGAACAUUCCCAAGAGGGUUAGGAUAUUGCAAGAGCUUGGCAGGUUUGGACCUUUCGAAUAACAAGCUCUUCGGGACUCUUCCAUCAGACAUAUCAAAGUUGCUCGGUUUUGUGACUACUCUUGAUCUCUCUUUCAACAACUUCUCAGGAGGAAUCCCAAAGAGCCUUGCCAAUUGUAGUUAUCUAAAUGUGGUUAAGCUUGAUCACAACCGGCUCACAGGUAAUAUUCCGGAGGGACUCCUCCUUCUUAGAAGGCUCAAGGAGUUUAAUGUGUCAAACAAUCUUUUGUCAGGGAAAGUACCUUAUUUCGAAUCAAAAUUUAUCAUUGCUCAAAGUUAUGCAAACAAUUCUCAAUUCUGUGGUGUGCCUUUGGAGCCCUGCCUUUUUUACAAGCAUUACCUUUACAGGCAUUACCUUAACUCAGUUACUCCAUUCAAAUUUGGAUUUGGAAUUGGAUAUUUGGUAACAGCUAUAGCUGUGUUUCUCUCGCUUUCUUUGUCUUGGUUACAAGUGAAGAUGAUCACGAAGUGUAUGGUGCUUUCUGUGGGGGAAAAAUUUCACAAUAGAAAACAAGAUUAUCAACUGCUGCACUUUCCAACUCUCAAGCACCAAAAACUUUAUACUCACUAUAGAAUGUUAAGGACUUAUUUGCAAUCUCUUAAACAUAUUUCUCAGCUUGAAAAGAUGGUUAAUAGAAUGAGUUUUUUAGAACUUUGUAAAGCAACCAACAAUUUCAGCAUGGCUAAUGUGAUAGGAAGAGGAAACACAGGAACAAUGUACAAGGCCACUCUUCCAAACGGCUGGUUUCUUGCUGUCAAGAGGAUAGAAGAUUCCCCACGCAAUGAGAGCCUAUUUGUAUCUGAGCUCUUGGCUUUGGCUAGAAUGAAACAUGACAACUUAACCCCUCUUUUGGGUUUUUGCAUGGUUGAAAAUGAAAGGCUUCUGGUCUACAAACAUAUGUCAAACGGGAAUCUCCAUGAUUGCUUACAUCCAGUUGAAGGCAAUGCUAAAAUCCUGCCAUGGCCUCUAAGGGUUAAAAUUGGUAUGGGAAUAGCCAGAGGCUUGGCAUGGCUUCAUCACAAGUGUAUCUUCCAAAUGGUCCAUCGCAAAAUAAGCUCAAGCUGUGUCUUGUUGGAUCGUUACUAUGAGCCAAAAAUAUCGAAUUUUGGGCACACAAUCAUUUCAAACUAUGGAGGAGUAAUGUUUGUGUACCCAAAUGAGAAUGACUCUGGCUUACUUGUGAACAGUGGGGUGUGGGAGUCUGAUUUUGUUAAGAAAGACGUGUAUGACUGUGGAGCUGUGUUGCUUGAGUUGAUCACAGGAAAGGAAGCUGGCUCUGGUUGCGUUACUAAUCUUCACAACACUUUGGUGGAGUGGAUCAGCCAUGUUUCAAAUAGCUCUGAUAUAUUUAAUGAUGCCAUUGACAAAACCUUAAAUGGGGAAGGAUUUGAUGGUGAGAUCUUGGAUGUGCUUAGAAUAGCAAAAGAUUGUGUCCAUCCUGUGCCAUGUAAAAGGCCAACAAUGCUUCAAGUGUACGAAAGAAUGAGCAACAUUGGACUCAGAUAUGGCAUUCCAUGUGAUUUUGGACUUCUGUUGCAACCAAAAUGCAGAUAACUUAUGAAAUGUAAAUUUAAGCAUCUUUAUAUAAGAUUAAAAAAAAAUUAUUUUAUUGAUAGGAAAUAUUUGAAACUUGAAAUAUCAAUUUUUUUUUUUUUUUUGA